GAGAUACCGUGCUAUCUUAUGGGACAAUGGACGAUUUGGAUUUGCAAGAUCUCUCUACGAUGGCAUUGUUACUGUUAGAGUAUUUGUUAUAAAGUUUUGGUGAUGUUUUCCUGAUGAAAUGUUAUCAUGAUGUUAAAUUUCUUGGACUGAUUGCUUUGUCACUAUAAUGGACAAUGGCAUAUAACUUGAAACAUGAAGAAAGACAGGAUUACAACUUCAUGUCCAACUCAAAAGAAACAAAAUACCCAUUAGUGAAAUCAGAGAUAUUGAUAGAUUGUAUACUUAUUGGACUUGCUGAAAAAUUAUAAUGGCCACUUGUUCUAACAGUGAAAUAAACAAGGAAGUGCCUGAUGAAUCCACCCCUCAGUCUACUAAUUUAGUACCCACCAUUAAGAACAAGUUGCAGGAAGUAGUUGUCAGCAGAAUGAAAAUUGUCAAUCCACUGAAUGAUGUCCACCUUAAAAAAUUUCCUAGAAUUCAACCUUGUUCAGCUUCUGCUUCCGGUGAAAACUACAGUUCUGAUAAGACUUCAAUUUCAGAUAACCAAACUUCACUCAUGAAACAAAGUCAAUUGCAAGCAAGUGAACAUUGUUCUUCGCUAAAUAAUUCAGAGAAAGACCUGAAAAACAUUACAAGUUCACCUGCAACAAUAAGUGAUCCUUUAGAGAACACAAACAUCCCAGGUCUGCAUCCUUCCCAGCCUACAGCUUGUAGGAGAAUGAAAAGCCUUCUAACCAAUAAAAUCAUUCAGACUUGUGUGAACACCAACAGCACCAAAAUCCAACAGACCUCUCAGGCCCCAUUGUACACCAACUGCCUUGGAGUGCAUCAGUCAUCUCAGGCAAAAGUUAACACAGACAGCCUUCGAACACAGAAGUCAACCAAGCUUAGUGAGAACACAGAUAGCAUUGAGACACAGCAUGCCUCUCUGCCCACCAACAACCUCGGAAUUAAUCAGUCACUUCAGCCUAGUGUGAACAUGAACAACCUUUCACAGCUUAAAUUUCCUUUUGUGAAUUAUCCUGUAAAAAAUUUGUGUCUGGUACAGGUUCCUAAAAAUAUGGUGCUUUCAACCAAUGCAAAGAAUGCUGAAAAUUCUAGGAGAGAGGCUCAAACCAAAGGUACAACACUGUCCAACCCAGUUCUUGUCAACAGUGAUGACAAGGUACCAAGUAAAAUGCCUGUUCACCAAAACACAGCUGUUACUAUCUCUAAACCAAAUGCUAUGAACAAAACAACCAUUGGCAAUUCCAAAGUUCUGAACAAUGGUAUAAGUGUUUUAAGUGCUGUUAAUCUAAAUCAGCUAAAAAAUAUUCAGAAUAGUUUACUUCCUAAGCAAGAUUUAAAUGUCACUGGAGCCUCAAUGGUACUCAACAGUCAGGAUAUCACCACAAAUUGUUUCAAGAAAACAUUAACAACAAGCAGCUGCUCACCCUCACAUGGUACGAAGUGUCAGAACAAAACAUUACCUGGGAACACUUCAACUGUAGUACCAUCAGAUGUAGAGGUUACAGAACAGAGCUUUUCGGUCAUCCUUCAACCUAUGCAGAAAGGGGAUCCACCACCUGUCCCAAACUUAGAUCCACCAACAGAAUUAAAAACUGAAGUAAAAGUGGAAGAGAGUCCCAUUAUUAUUGAUGAGGUUCAGUCUUCUGGACCAGUAAGAGGAGAACCACAGGUUGAAAGUAGUCAUGUUAUGAAAAGUCCAAAAGAAUGUUUAAUAACAGACGAAAUAAUUAUUAAAGAGAAAAAUAUCACCAAAGAUAUAAUGGAAGAAAUGGGCUACAAGUUUUAUAAGUGUGGAAUUUGUAAAGAGAUUUUCAGUGACCCAUUAGUCCUUCAGAGGCACGUUCGACAACACAAAGGACUCCAAAGCGAAUGCAUAAAAUGUGCAUAUUGUGAAAAGAUUUUCGCUUGCAAAAUGAGUGCAUUUGCACAUCUGAAAUUCGUUCAUGGUAUCAGCUGCGAUAAACCUAAAGCUGGAAUGAAAGAGGCUAACUUAGCAACGUAUGAGAGGGAUGAAGAAGUAGUCAAAACUGUCCGAGUCAUUCGAACUAAAAUACCAGAAUGCAGGAAGUGUGGAAAAAUCUUUUCGGACCUGGAGGCAUAUACACGGCACAAAAAAAGAACAGACUGUGUUAAAGUAUCGUUUGCUUGCAUUUUUUGUAAGCAACCAGUUCGUGUAGAAACAUUUGAAGAAACACAGUUUCCAAAAAACUUGUGUAAAAAGUGUCAAACAUUAUGGAGCAAUCUAAAAUUGAACUCUGAUACGACAGUGGCACAAAAUAAACAAGGGGAUGGAAAGCUUACAGAUCCAGUGCACCUAAAUUUCCAGGGUUCAGGUCCAAAACAAGUCAAGAAGAAGGUAAAAGAGUCAUAUGUUUGUGAUAGUUGUCAGAAAUCCUUCAAGCAGAAAUCUACCUAUGAAAGGCACCUAAAACUGUUGCACAGCACCGUAAAACCAUAUAAAUGUGAUUUGUGUGAAAAGGCCUUUGUUUUCACCUCUUCGCUUUGUGAACACAGAGAUACACAUUUUUCAAAGGCAAGAACAAAAACAUUUGCAUGUGAUAAGUGUCCAAAAACAUUCAAAAAGAGAUAUAUUCUUAAACUGCAUAGCAGAGACAUGAACCUGGGAGGUUUUCUUGUGAUGUGUGUGGAAAGAUAUUGAAAUCCAAAAGCAGGCUCAGAGAUCAUAAAAGAUUACAUACUAGAGAAAAGCCAUUUCUCUGUGAGAUUUGUGGGAGGAGAUUUUGCAGUAGGAUUGCCAGAAUUCUGCACAUGAAUACCCAUGAUUCCUCUACUAAGAUUCUGUGUGAGAU